CGGAGCUUCGAAGAGGGAAAUAACGAGACGAACGUAUCGCCAUGGAACGCGUCGUUUGAAUCGAAAAGUUGAAGAAAAACGAAAAAAAAACAAAAAAACAAAAAAACAAAAAAACGUCGAGAAUUUAAAAGAGCGACCUCGCGGCGACCCGUUUCCAUAGCAACACGCAUGGCGAUCAGCUGACGGGCAGAGCAUUUGACAAUCGCGGCAGUACGCUGCGAACCAGCGUCAGCAUUCGAUCGUCAUCCUCCUUCUCGUCGUCGUCGUCGUCGUCGUCGUAGUCGUAGUCGUUGCCUAACAUUAACGACGUCGCACGGAACGGACUCGUAACUAAAAGACUACGAAGAUCCGCAGGCGAGGACAAAAACUAAAGGGGAACUCUAUUCGCUUCCGAACUCGCGGACACGAGGUGUACACGUCGUACAAGUGUGUUGAUACAGUGGUAUCACAAAAGCACCGAACCGGUAGUGCGUGUUCGUAACGUGCGUGGCGAUUGAAUCGGAUAUACGAUACAUUUGUACGUCGGACAAUAAAUAAUUGGGUCGAAAAGACUGACGUCGAGUAGAAAAUUUCGUGAAAUGAAACAGGAGCUGAGAUAAAUUAGAUUGUGGAAAAACUGAAAGAGAGAGAGAGAGAGAGAGAGAGAGAACUGUGCGAGACUCGAAAAGACAAAAUAAUCGCGAGUAUUUAUCCGGACUACUUGAGCGUCACGAGUCUCUAGGUAUAUAUACGUAAUGUAUUUAUGCGUUAUAUUGUGUCGGUGAUAAUAAGAGGAGCCUAUGAAAUAGGUGACAAUCGUCGGACGUUCGUCAGUUGGUUACACGACGUUUUCACCGUCGCGAUUCGCAGUUGGAGCGCCGGUUGCGAUGGGGGAUCACGCGUUAUUCUUCUGAUUCGCGGACACGGUAAUAUUACAACCGAUAAUCGAACGUCGAACCGUACGAGGGGUUGGGUAAAUUCGGGACCGAAAGUGCCGAACGAUUUCCAUUAGCCGGACAAUCAUCUUUGUUCAACACCGAUCGAGCGCGCGGAGGAAUUCAGAUAAUAAUAAGUGACACGAUAAGUCGAGCGCUCCCGUUUUCCAUGCAUUUUUUCUUCCUCUACUUCUUAUCGUUCUAUUUCUCCUCCGAGUAACGCACGCCGUUCGGAACGACGACUUACAAUUAGAAUUGAACUGAAAACAGAGUCGACGAAAUACGCGAUGCUGGUGGUUCGCCGCGUUAAUUCGUUCAGGGUUUCCGGUGCUCCGAAAUUUGCGAGUUGAUUUCACGCUAUUCGGGGGUUUUACGUUGAUCGUUCAAUUCCGCGAUCCGUUUAAAAUUUUUCAUCGAUAAACGAUCGAUGGAGAUCCGAACGAGUGUCGACUGAGUGUAUCGGAAAGAAAAGCAAAUAAAGAACAAUGUUUGAAAAAACGAACGGACUAAUAUCGUUGCUGACAUUCUGACCGUAGUCGUGUGACAGCUGCGUUGAAGCUGUAGGGAAAUAUUUUGACCGAUCAGUCGAGAGAAGUAAAGUGAAAAAUAGAAGAUUAUUGACUAAACACACACCGCGAACGAAGAAGACGAUCUUUUUUCGUAUUUAUCUUUUUUUUUUUAUUUUAUUUUUUUUCAUUUUUGUUUAUUUUAUUUAUUUCCUUUGAAUUUUUUUCCAAACCAAGUGGGUUCGUUUGAUUUGUGAUAUACGAUGUGUGCAGUGUACUGUGACCGCUACGUGAUAUUGUGAAUAAAAAGCAAAGUAAGAAGAAAAAAAAAAAUAAAUAAAUAAAGACGGCGGGAAAUCUAUUGAGUUGAGACUCCGACGAUCGUCCUUGGAUUAAAAAAAAAAAAAAAAAUACAUCCCAACAAAAACUGAAAUCUUCACCACAAGAGCCGAGAGUCACAGUCACACAGAAGUUUCCCGAACGGGCCAGUAUUUGCGCCAGUACUCAACCAGAGGCCAGUGUAAAACGGCCGGUGUUUUGUUUUUUUUUUCGUCAUACCGGCCAAUUAAUUAACUUAGUUAGGUAAUUCGUAUUGAUUAGAUUCACGUCGAACGAGUUCAAUAAAGCGAUAAUUCGUUUGUCCCGUAAGUCGGGCGCGCGCGCGCUUCUACAUACAUAUAUAUAUAUAUAUAUAUAUAUAUAUAUACAUAUACAUAUACAUAUUCAGAGAGAUAUUACGCACUACGCACGUUUUUGGUUUCAUUAUCGAGUUAUUUUCUGUUUUUACAUUCCUUCAUUUUCUUUUUUUGUUUCGUCUCGUUUUUUGUUUUUUUUUUCUUCGGUUCUCGGACUCACACGUUACCGUAUUUUCUUUCCGCCCGUUUUUCCAAUCGAAUCUUGGUUUCGUUUUUCCUGCCUUAACGAGGCUUAUCGAUUAUACCGUGAGCGAAACACACGGUAUGCGGGAAUAUAAAUCGGUAUACGUUUCGCGAAGUGAGAUGACAAUAUAAUAACAAAACGAGUGCGUAUAUCGGUGCGUGUUUUAUGUUCUGUAAAAAAAAUCUGUAAGAAAAAGAAUUUUCUUUCGUCUCCUACAAUCCGAUUGAAAAUAUAAACUGGAAAUUGAUUGAAGAAAAAAGUGCUAACGCGAGAAUUAUCGAAGUACGAAGAGAGCGGUGGCCGGAAACGCGGACUUACACCGAGAACGCCAACCUGCAAUCAAGGUUCAUGGUUUUCAUGGAGGAGAGCGAGCUCUCGAGCAAGCGGUGGGCCAGUGCGCCCCGCCGACCAGCCAGCCCCUACAUCCUGGGGGCCCCCACGUCCAGGGAGGCGGCGGGUCCCCCUGUGCAGCUGGAACCCGUUGACUUGUCCGUAAAAACGCCCGUGGUGCUGCAGGUGCCGAGAUACAGUCCCGCAGCGGUGAUAGCUGCCGCUCGUAGAAUCCCGACGCCAUCCACAACGCCCCCGACGCCCUCGAUACCCUCGACGCCUACUCUACCUCUUGCCACAUCCACCGGUGAGUUAUCCGCUCCGUUUUACGAUAAGGCAACGAGCGAUGCAACGUCACGUAAGCGGCCGUUCCAACAGAGUUCUUCGCCUAGGCUACUCUCCAUAGUAUCUCCACCCCUGCCGUUGCGGGAUAUCGUCAAAGACCGGGAACGGGAGAGAGCGAGGGAGAGAGAGAGGGAGAGGGAACGGCAACGGGAACGGGAACGGGAGAGAGAACGGGAAAAGGAACGGGAAAGAGAAAGGGAAAGACAACAGGAACGGGAGCGGGAAAGAGAACGAGAGAAGGAACGGGAGAAGGAAAGACAGAGAGACAGGGAACAACGGGAACGGGAACGACAGAGGGAAAGGGAGAGAGAGAGGGAGAGGGAGAGAGAACGGGAGAGGGAGAGGGAGAGGGAACGGGAACGGGAGAGAGAGGUGACGGCGUGCGUAGCGGAACCACCGGAUGCCGUCCUCGUCUCGUCGUCCGCAGCCCUCCUCACCCUCCAGAGGAUAAAAGAAGCAUCUCUAGUAUUUCACAAGCGACCAGCGCCGACCGCUUGCCUGGGAUCCGGAAUCAGAGGAAACGGGGGUGUCGGAGGAGGAGUCGGUGGCGUAGGAGGAAAUGUCGGCGGUUUAGGAGUUGAGAGCGAAUGCGGUGACGCUUUGAAAAGACGCAAAGUACAUCGUUGCGACGUCGCAGGUUGUGACAAAGUUUACACUAAAAGUUCUCACCUGAAAGCGCACAAAAGAACCCACACAGGUGAAAAGCCGUAUCAAUGUACGUGGGAGGGUUGUACGUGGAAGUUUGCAAGAUCGGAUGAAUUGACGCGACAUUACCGUAAGCACACGGGUCAGAAACCAUUUAAAUGUCAUUUGUGUCAGCGCUCGUUUUCAAGAAGCGAUCAUCUAUCUCUUCAUAUGAAAAGGCAUUGAUCUUUAUAAAUUCUCGCAUCGCGUGUAAAUUGCGUUCAAAGAAAUUACGCAAUAUACAUAAAUAAUCCUAUAGCUAAGACGACGAUGAGUACAUUCGGGACCUGAUGAGCCCCUCCCCAAGGAAAGUUCGGAUAUAACUAAUAGAAAAGUAACGCUAUAGAAAAGGAACAUUAAUUAGGGUCGUGAUUUUGAAAGAACGAUUCCUGGAGGGGAACACUAGAAAAAAAUUAUUAUUAUUAUUUUUUCUUCUUCUUUAAAUAAACUAAAUAAAUAAACGAAUGAAUAAAUGAAUAAAUACAUAAAUAAACAUUGUUUAUAUCGUAGGGAAAAGUAAAACGAUUCGUUCCGAAGUGGUUUUUUACAUUUUCAAAAUGAAAGACCUACAGUAAUGAAUGUUAUAUGUACAUACAUAAUAUAUUUCGUUAUCGUAACGCCGUACUUCAAAAAUUCAAGCAGCCAUACAGGUAUAUAAUACAUAUGUAUAUCUAAUCUAACGCAUAGCUCGGUCUAAUUUGGAGGGUAAAUAAUCGCAAGUUUUAUGAUGCAAAAAAUGUCGUAUUACUUAUUACAAUCUGAUUGAAUUAUUACGUUAUAACAUUAUUAACAGCAAAAACGACAUAAACUAUAUGGUAGUAAAAAAUAUUUUACUCGAAAAAAUAUGUCAAAGAAAAAAGGAAACUAUAAUUGAAAAAAUAAAGAAAAGAGGAGAAAAACCGCUGCAGGUUCAGCAUAAUAGCAUAACAACGAUAUAAUAUAAAAUAAUUCUCUGUUUUGUAGCUAAUUAUUAUUAAUAUUAUUAUUAUUAUUAUUAUUGUUGUUAUUAUUUUUUCCAUAUGUCGUUCAAUUCCAAUUAUACAAUUUAAAUAAGGCCAGCUCAACUAGUCUAGAGCGUCGCAUCAUUAUAAACAAUAUUGUCAGAUGAAAAAAAGGAAAAAGAAAAAGAAAAAAACGACUCAAACGAGGAGAAUGAGAAAAGAAUUAACUGUUGUAAUAAUAACGGUAAUACUGAGGAAUAAAAAACAAACACAAUAAAAUAUAAGUUAAAAAACAAAACGAAAAAAAAUAACAAAAAACAAAACAAAAAAAAAAAAACAUUGAGCCAGUAAAAGUAAUAUUUUUAGUAUCUAUGAAAACAAUUAGAAAUAUAACUAGUUAUUAUGAGAAUAUAAAAUAGGCGUAUGAAUAUACAUAAAUAAAUAAAAUAAAAACUCCGAUUACGGAGCUUGGGACUUAGCAUGCUCAGUUAAAUGAAAAUAAAAUCGUGAUCAAUCUAUUAAGCAAUGUGAACUAUUAAUUAGGAAAAUUUAUACUAGAUAAUGUGUACAUUAAAACAAAAAAAAGAAUGACAACUGAAAAAAAAAGGAAAGAAAAAAACUAAUUGAAUUAAAUAAAAUAAUGACAUUAUAAAUGUGAUGGAGUAAAUUAAAGUAUGAUAAAAAUAAAUAGAAAAUAAAAGGAACUAUUCGAAAUGCACAAAGAAUUUCGCGUUUAGGAAUGGACAAUCGAUGAAUCUGUUAAUUCUAAGAGCCAGUAUUAGACAUCUAUUCUUGAAUCAUUACAGAUAGAGAACUAUACCUCGUUAAGUCUUUGCGAAACUAUAUGUACAUUAUAUAUGGAUCGUGUCUCCGAUCGCUGAGAGUUUUUUUUUAUUUUUUUUUCUUUCGUUUUAUCAUUGAAUUUGGACUUUUUUUCUUCGUUUUUUUUUUCGUUACUUUUUCCUUCGAAAUAAGCGAAGAACGUGAGAAUAUAGAUAAUUUUUUCAAAAUAUCAGAGCAAUCAACGUUCCAUAUGAACUGAAUUUUUCAUUUUCGAAUUGAAAUUGAAAAAAUGAAAAUUUAUUGUUUCGCAUGAAAUGCCAGUUAUUAACGGACAGUAUAAAUAUGUAUGUCUACGCGUAGGUAUGUUACUAUUAAUUAUCUUUAUAUUUUUACCUAUUAUGCUACGACCCAGCGAAUACGACAUGUACCUAUAUUGCUCCUUUAUUAAUCUCAUUAGCUCAAAAAUUGAUUAGGCUGUUCAAUGAAGAGAAGAAACAAAUAAAUAAAUAAAUAUAUAUUAUAUAGUUGAAGGUGCCUAAAACUCGUAUAAUAUGUAUGAUGUAUAUAAUAAUGAUGAUAAUAAUAAUAAUAACAAUAAUAAUAUUAUGUACAGUAAUAAAUAAAAUAACACCGAGGAGCUAACGUGCGCGAUUCUCGACGAUGGAAAAAAAAUUUAAUGAAAUAUAAAAUGAAAUUAAAAACUAGAAGAAAUCAUAUAACAGCGUUAUAAUUAUUUAACAUGCAUCGUCGAGCUAAAUUUUACAAAAACUAAGCGAAUUGUAAAUAAUUUACAGUACUAUUGUCUCGACUAUUAUACAAAUAUCCAUAUAUAUCUAGAAAAGUCGUGAAAAUUAAUUGAUAAUGUAUUAAAUAUAGAUAGAUUUAUAGCUAUGAUCGUAAUGGAGUAUCAUAGUCGAAUAUAAAAAUUCAUUGUUACAGACUCGUUGCUUUUUCGGAUAUGUAUAUUAUAUAUUCACAUACAUAUGUAUAUGUUACAAAAAAAAAAGUUUCUUUCGCCCUCGCGUAAUAAUAAUAAUGAUGAUAAUGAUUAAUAAUGACGACGACGACGACGACGACGACGACGACGACGACGAUGAUGAUGAUGAUGAUAAUGUCACCUGCGCAGCUAUAUAACUAAAUAAUUGUUAGUUAGAUGAUAAUAAUAAUAUGAAACUUUAGUAUAUUAUUUAUAAAGACGAGUUCAGUAUCGUUUUCGUAAAGUCACUGUUACGUGCAUAUUAUAGGUAAAUGCGUAUAUGUACAUCAAUUAUUUAAUGUUUCUGCUAUAUUAUUAUAUGAUUUUUAUUUUUAUUUAGUUAUAUCAUUGUUAUUGUUGUUGUUGUUGUUGUUGUUGUUGUUGUUAUUAUUUUUGUUAUGAUUGUCAUUAUUGUUAAACGAUGCAUAUGUAAUAUAAUAAUCCACAUCAAUGAUGAUCAAUGUAUAGGUAAUUUGAUAGAUCUACUAAAGAUAAAGAAACUUUGAAACAAUGGAACAAGAUGCCAGUAUAUACUAGAGCCAGUUAUCAUAAUAAAAAAAGACCUCUACGUAUAAGAUUUUAAUAUAAAAGAAAGAUGGAAAAAAUAAUACGCAAAAAAAGUAGGAAAACAUACAAAAAAAAAUAUAUAAAUAUAUAGAUAAUUUAAACACCCAAUCAAUUAACCUUAUCGCAUACGCUGCACUCUAUCAUAGGAAAUAGUGCCUUCUAAGAUUUUAAGAAGUCCGGUGAAGAAGUAUAGUGUGUAUUUUAGGCUGUAAUGUUAUUUCAGUUAAUAGUGCCUUACAUGAAAAUUGCAUUCGCGUCGUUUCCGAUGAUUUAAAAGAAAGACAGAAAAAAAAAGUAUAAAUAUAGGUAUGCGAAAAAUCAUCGCCGAAUUUUUAGCUUUCAUCGUUGUACAUACCAUUGAUGAAUCAUGAUCAGAGAGAAAAGAAAGAGUAGUUUAUCCUAUUUGCACACGGCGCGACGGUUCGACAGGGUCAGUAAAAACAAAGAACCAAAAAAAAAGUUAAUGACAGAGAAAAAAGACCGAAAGGAAUGUUUGGAUGAUGAAAAAAAAAUGAAUAACAUUCAAAUAACAAUAAUCGCGGUGGAGCUUAUCGCGACAGUGUAGAUUACGGUGAUUUUUUGUAGAUAUACAUAAUAUUAUAUUUUCGUAUCUCUGGAGUUGAUUUGUGAAAUUUAAUCCCGAAGCCCGCGACGCCACCCAAGACGCUCCUCGCGAUACCGCGAUGAGUGAUAUUGUAUCGUUGUAACUUGUAACUUCCAUCCAUCCGAAUAACUCUAACGGCUGCUGCAGGGCGUGUGAGUAACUUGAGUACUACGCUGCUACGAUCGACGAUGCCUGAUAUGACGUACUGAGGUAAUACUCAUCUUUUUCAUCGCCCAAAAAUUUCACCCACAAAGAAGUGGGGAUGGUGUGCCAUCGUGCGAACUAAAAAACGAACGAUUUCAGAAUGCGUAAUUUAUUUUGCUUCGAGAAUUCGUACUCGUUUUUUAUUGUCUUCAAUAUCCAUAGAGCUCACAACCUUCCGGAAGCUUAAUACACAUUUUUUAGGAAAAUUCGAGCUUUCAUUUUGUGGGAUACCUCCUUCCGGUCGUUUCCACAGUCCUCGUCGUGUUUUGUUUUACAGUUCCGAUUUCUUUUUCGUAUACUGCAUGACAAAAACCGACUCAAAAAAUUUAUUGAACGGAGCAUCUGCAGGUUAACACAUCCGCGAAGCUAAAAAUACAAUACAAAAAACAAACAAAAUACAAAAAAGUAAUACAAAAUUUCUCGAACUGCAACUGGGAGGAUUCUUACAGAUGUCCAUAAAAUCAAUCUUAAGUCCCAGCUUAUUUCUUAUGGUAAUACACACGCCUAUUCAAUUUUCCCUAAAUGGGCAUCUAUGAAUGGAUAGGAAGUAAGCAACGGAGUUUCAGUUCUGAAUGCAAACCAUUUUCUUUGAAGGCCCCACCCAAGAAUAUUUACAUUUCAAGUGCCUUAAGAAACACUAUACAUACUUACUCAUAUACCUAUAUGAUAUGUACACCUAUAUACCUACGACUAAUUAAUUAAGUUUCACGCUGCAGUCAAUUCGAUAAAGAAAAAAACGAUUAAUAACGUCAUAUACACGGGAUGUAAUUGUUAUGAUAUUAUUUCUAAUCAUAGACUCUGACUUUUUCAUCCUUGUCUCCGACCUAAUCAAUCAUUUUUUUUAUUUUUAUUUUUAUUUUUUUUUGUUUUUUACUUUAUUUUAUUUGCUAUCUAUUCACAGACUGCGAUUAUACGUUAAUUGUUAAGUUUAAACUUUUCACUGUAAUUAACGAUCAUCGAUAUACUGGGCCAGUACUAAAUAUGUAGAAAUGUAUAUGCAAUUUAUCUAUGUCUAUGCCAACAUCGAUUCAAAAUCAUUCGUGUUUCUAAAUUUUUUUUUUCUCCUAGUGAUCAACCUUUGCUGAUAUGUAUAAUUACAUUCAUGCGGAUCAUGACUUGUUAAAUGUUACAAAUUGUUAGAUAUUUCUAGACCAGUUAGAAAAUGGAGUAAAGUAAUUAGGAAACAAAGGAAGAAAACGAACAAAUCGACAAACGGCAACAGAAUCUAACACAAUAUAGCAAACCUAUAUACUUAAAAAUAGUACUCUCUUAACUGCUCAAUCCUCUUUGGUGCUUUUACAUUUACAUGUAUUAAUAAAUUUAUUGAAAAGACAUAAAUAUAAAGUAUAUAAUAUACCUAUCUACAAAUUAAUGAAUCUAAUUCAAUCGGAAACAGACAAUAUUAGAUUAUUAUUAUCAUUACUACAUUUGUAAUUAUAUACUCACUUGGAAAAAAUGAAAUAAUUUCCCUGCACUUCAAAAUCGGUCGGAAUCUUGGCCGUGCAAGGCUUGAUAUAACAUAUAUUAUAAGGUUUGUGAAUAAAAGCUUUUUACAACAGUAAUUAUUACAGUAUAAUCUAACGCCUGGAUUCUUUUCUUUUUUUCUCGUUUCUAUUUUUUCUUUUCUUUCUACUACUCUUCAGACUAUCUAACACAGAAAUCGUGUAUAUAGUUUAUGAUAGUGAGUGUAUUGUAUUUGAAAGCGUUAGCUACGAGUCGCGUGAAAAAAAUUAAUAAAAAAAAAUAUAUACACAUAAAUCGAACUAUUAGUAGAUAAGUUACAAUAUUAUUGAUUGGAAAAAUAAUAAUAAUUAUAACGAUGAACGAUUAUGUAAAAAGUUUGUAAAGUUAGUUUCAACUAAUAAUUAUACAUGAGUUAUAAAUUUUAUAUAUAAUCAUAUAAACUUAUGACUAUUGUUAGUGAUUAUUAUAAUUUUUUCAUUGAUAUACCUAACUAUAAUGGGGGCCAGUAAUUCUCUCUCGGAUCUCGCACGGAUUUAUACACUAUAAGGCGCGCGGUGUGAUGCUAUAAAUUAUUUUAUUGAAAACAAGGUACAUACGUAUAUACAUAUACGAUAUUUUUACUUAAAUGAAAUAUCAAAUGUUAUAAGAGCGUAUGAUAAUAGAACUAUACCCAAUGUUCCGGAGCGUAUAUAUACGUUAUUCUAUUUUAUCGCGACGAGAGUUUUUCAUUUAAACAUGAACAAUUUCAAGGGAACUGUUCUUUCGGAAGUAUUUGUUUUUUUCUUUGAUUUUUUUUUUUGUUUUUUUUUUUUCAUCUCUUCAUAUCUUCGGUAAUACGUUCGAAUCGGAACAUCGAUAGCUAAUCGUAUCAUAGCGUAUUAUAAUGUGCAUGCAACAUGCCUGCGCGCCACUAACUAUUAAACAUUAAGUAAUGAAUAUUAUUCACCUUUUAUAGACUAAUGAAUAUCGUAUAUUAAUAUGAAUAAUAUGAAUAAUAAUAACAAUAAUAACAAUAACAAUAAUAACUUAAAACAAUAAUAUAUUACGAUCACUGUAUAAACAAAGGCAUUAUUUUCAACUUAUAACUUUUUACAAUAUAUUAUAUUAUUAUCAUAGUUAAACACAUAUAUACAUACAUGAAUUUGAAUCCGAAUAUGAGUUUUCGUAAAUUUUGAACCAAUUUCGCUGAUGUCAUUUUAUUAUGCCUGCGUACUCUACACGUGAAUUGAGAAUAAUGUUAGAAUAAAGAAGGAAACAGAAAAUAUGAAAGUAAUCACAAGCAUUCUCACACAGAGAAAAGGUUCACUAGCUUAAUUAUUAACUAGAAUUAUGAAAAUGAGGUUGUAAUUAUAUUCUUAUUAUCACUGUUAUUAUUAUUGCUACUUGACUGUAUUGAAAUUGAUUUGGAUAAUUUAUUUAUUGACAAUGUGUCCCGCGUAAGCGGGCAAAUAAAAGAUGCAGAAGUUGAAAAAAAAAUUUAUAUAAUACACAUACGUGUAUGUAUACGGUAAAAAUUAUACAUAUAUAUUUGUUGGAUGUUCAAAACAGAAAAACAAAAAUUUAAAAAGAGGGAAAGAAAAUUCGUUUAUAGAUGUGUUUGAUGUAUAUUGAUUUUAUUUUUUCUCUUGUUCUCCAAUGAUAUACUAAUGAGUACGAUGAAAUAUUGAAUAAAUAUUUGAUAUUGGCCCAUGAUUCCUAAUAGGAGUAAAAUGAUAAUGUAUAUUAUAUACAUAUAAAAUAUCAGACAUAAUACGAUUGACAAAUGUGUUAUGUUUACUUGUUGGGUUGUUGUAUUUGUACAUAUUCAGUAACGAAACGGAAAAAGAAACAACAAACAUGAAGGAAAAAAUGAGGAAAAAAGCAUCGCGUGUUGUAGCACAACAUUAAAUGCACUUACGUCUAUGAUUAGUUUUUAUUAUUAUUAUUACUAUUGUUAUUAUUAUCUUUAUUUUCAUUAUUAUUAUUAAUGUUAUUAUCAAUACGAUUAUUGAAAUGAUGGUUACAUAUUUUAGAUAUAUCAUUAUAAUUGUAUUUUGGCAGGGUUAUGAGAUUAAAAAUUGUGAAAAAAAAAGAAUUAUAUCCAUAAAGCAUCAUA